AGGAACUUGCUUGCUGUGAAGUCUAGAAUCUGUCUUGAAGCAAGCUUGCUCUGUGACCUAACUUGCCUGGGAAAGGAAGGGACGGUAGAAGUCAGUGUGUUGUUAAGGAGUCUUAACUUGCUGUUUAAAUGAAAUACAGUGUCAGAAUGCUCCCUUCUGAUGGACUUAGGAGGUACGAGUUCUGCCUUUAUCCGAGAUUGUAUUUGGAUCAAAGACAUUAAAGUUACAGAUGUUAAUUCUUAUGAAGGUUGCAUCUAAUAACCCUGGCAAGUAGUUCAACAAGUGUCUGCUGUUUGUACUGCAACUCUUGCAGCCAAUAGCUGCUGGGACUGAUUUAAUGCAGCUGGAGACUAGCACGAACAAUCAUUAUAGCCUGAAAAGUGUGCACCAAGUUCACUGUACUUUUGUUUUUCUCUUCAGUCUAAGGACCAAUUAAUGAUCGUCAGAAGGUCCUUGAAAUGUUUUUUCAUUGUAUUAUGAUUCAAGAAUUAGUUGGAAGGAGAGGUGAGCUUUGGGGCAGGCCAGUACUGUUUAACAGGUGAGAGGUUGUUUUGCUAAGGAUUCACUUUAGCUGUGAGAGCGCAAUCGUUUCAUCUGAGACUGCCAGGCUUCAUCUGCACGCCCAACCCCACCUGAUACAUUUAAAAAAAAAAAAAAAAAAAAAAAAACAACCUUGCUGAGCAGCAAGAUGUGAGAGCACAGUUGUGGCUGGUUUUGGGAAUACAAGAAGAAGGGAAAUGGGAUGAAGGCGGAAACCUUCAGCCAUGCUUCCAAACUUCCCUGGGUGUUCCUGGUCAUUUCUCCCUAGUGUCUCUUGUGACUGUCUCAUCUGAGGGUGUAAUGCCUUCGCCUCUCAUCCUGUGUCGCCACCUCCCUCGCGAGCUAUCGCCAACGGUAGACUCGAGGUCCUGCAGCAGCCCCUUGGUGGCCUCGAGGAAGGCGGGGAAGUUCCUGGGGGCCACUCCUCCUCGGGCCCCGCGGCUGUCACGCCGGCUGGCCUGGUGCUUCAUAGACUGGGGACAGGUAUGCCUGCUGCAUAGGCUGGGUUCUGGAGGGUUUGGCUCGGUGUACAAAGCCACUUACUACGGUCUUCCUGUGGCCAUCAAGCAGGUGAACAAGUGCACCAGGAACCUACGUGCAUCCCAGCGGAGUUUCUGGGCUGAACUGAACAUUGCAAGGCUGCACCACGACAACAUAGUCCGGGUUGUGGCUGCCAGCACGCGCACGCCGGAAGGUUCCAACAGCCUUGGUACCAUAAUCAUGGAGUUUGGGGGCAAUGUGACUCUACACCAAGUCAUCUACGGUGCCACCCGCUCCCCAGAGCCUCUCAGCUGCAGAGAGCAACUGAGUUUGGGAAAGUGCCUCAAGUAUUCCCUAGAUAUUGUUAACGGCCUGCUUUUUCUCCACUCACAAAGCAUUUUGCACUUGGACCUGAAGCCAGCGAACAUUUUGAUCAGUGAGAAGGACGUUUGUAAGAUCAGUGACUUCGGCUGCUCCCAGAAGCUUCAGGAUCUGCGGUGCCGGCAGGCGUCCCUUCACCACAUCGGGGGCACGUACACGCACCAAGCUCCGGAGCUCCUGAAAGGAGAGAUCGCCACGCCCAAAGCCGACAUCUACUCUUUUGGCAUCACCCUGUGGCAGAUGACCACCAGGGAGGUGCCUUACUCCGGCGAGCCUCAGUACGUGCAGUACGCAGUGGUAGCCUAUAAUCUGCGCCCGUCACUGGCAGGGGCGGUGUUCACCGCCUCCCUGACUGGGAAGACGCUGCAGAACAUCGUCCAGAGCUGCUGGGAGGCCCGCGCCCUGCAGAGGCCGGGUGCAGAACUGCUCCAGAAGGACCUGAAGGCUUUCCGAGGGGCACUGGGCUGACUCCAUCGAGCCUGUGUGCAGAUAAGCUUUUCGUUUCUGUUUAUUUUUAAAUAAGUAAGGAUGGGCUUUUAGGGCAUAUUUUUAGAAAAUAAAGUUACUACAAACUUCA